AGUCUGUUUCAGGUUGUUGCGUUAAAUAGGCGAAACUGUUUACGCAUCCGCGACGGACGUUAUUCGAUUUUUGCCAAAAAGGGCAUCAAUUAUUUAUCCAUUUCACAAUCGCAUCUGUGUAUGUGACAUCAUAGAGAUUUGUGACAAUGAUCGAAGAAGAGUUAAUGUGAAUUUGUGUAGCAUUAGCAUGUGCGACGUGUGAUUUUUCGCACAAGGAUCCCACAUUAAGAACAAUCCCUCUUGAGUGCUAUAUACUUGUGGUCCAAGAAACUCUGUUGAAUUGCCGGAGCUGGAUAUAUUAGAAGAUUAUGAAUAGGGGAAUGUUCGGAACAUACUGAGUGCAAGAAAUCAAGAAUAUUUUGAAAAUAUAAUUAUCCAUCCUUUCCUUCUCUAUUUUCGUCCGUGUGUGUGAGUGUUUAGUGAAGAAAUAUGAUUUAUGUUGAAAACUCUGUGUACAUGUUCAUUGUCUUCUAGUGGAUUUUUUUUUAUUUUGUAAAGAACAGAGUUUUAUCAUCAAAGUGGUAAUGCCGAACACGGCCAAUUGUCUCCAUCAUCAAUUGAAGUGAAUAAUAUUUGAUACUUUGUUUCACCUGAAUGAUAUAAGAGAAAGGGGGAGGUACCCCUCUCACCCCAAAACAGCCCAAACAUGACGAUGAAAUCUAUGAAGUACUCCGAUUGUGACACCAUAAUGGAUGGAUACAAUCCAGUUCCGCCACCAUUGCCGCGGCGAGUGCCGCCAGUUAGGAAUAUUUAUGCUGAACCAUUCACAUCUGAAACCAGUACUAACAGACUUGCUGCUCCAUUGCAAUCGGGACAACAGCAGAUGUCACAGGGUAUGACGAACGCCAACAAUGCACAGGGAUCCCAUUGUCAAUUGGGCGGUACGUCGCCCUUAGUUAUGCCAGUCUUUCCCCUGCGAACUUCCCAUUCAGGACAUGCGCCGCACUACUCACCCUACUCGCCCUCAAGGUUUCACAUAGACAAACGAUGUCAACAUAGGUGCUCAUGGAAAUGUUUCAGCAUUGCCUUAAUAUUACUGUCGGUGGCACUUAUAGCUAUGUUGGCCUAUUUUGCAGCGGUCAAUUCAAUGAAGCCAACGAUGGAUCCAAAUAACUGCAUCGUGGUUCAAGAUGUUAAAUCAGUAACACAUGAUCAAAUGACACAAAAUGCUGACGGAUCAACACAAUUGCCCACGGAAGAAUCCCUGCUAACGAGUACAGCUGACCAUAGCACCUUCACUACGGCGCAUCACUAUCUCAAUAACGGUUUUAGCAGUAGUAGCUUCUCGCAGCAGCAGAUACUGCAGCAACAGCUUCAGCAGCAACACUAUCAAGAUCAGCAAUUUUCAGCCCAACAGCAGCAGCAGCAUCAGAAAUGGCCACAGGUCUUAGAACUACGGGAAUUCAAUGAGGUCCACCAUGCUACAAUUGCCCCCUACCAGUUCUGGAAUUCUGAAUUUCGCAACAAACACCCAGCAUUCAUACGCUUCAACUUCACAUUGCCAUGGGGUGCUAAUUUUGCGGUGUACGGGCGUCGCAAUGUUGCACCCAGUGUCACCCAGUAUGACUUUGUAGAAUUCAUCCGAGGCGGCAGAGUGGAUAAUCGAUUGCGGCGUCGACGACGCCGAAAACGCAGCAUGACAACUGGGGAGGAUGCCGAUGAGGAUGAUAUUUUGGGGAAUGGUAUUGCUGACGAGGAGUAUGGAUUUGACAUUUUCGAGAAUCCCACCGUGGACAGUGAUGAAUACAUUGGUUCACCAUGGCGCGACACAGACAGAUCGAUGGAAUCAUCAGCCGCUGAAGCAGCAUCCUCCAGCUUCAUAGAUGAACACCUUCGAUUCUCACCAGCUGAACGUCACAUCAUCUCCAAGCGCUCCUCCGAUAUGGACCCUAUGAUGGUGAAUGUGAGUUUAUUGCAGUAUUUGGACACCGGAAGAUGGUUUCUCUCAGUGUACAAUGACGAGUUGCUGGCGCACAGUGUUACACUCACAGUGGCUGAAGCCGAAGGGGUUAGCACAACCUGUCCCAAUGACUGUUCCGGACGUGGAUCUUGCUACCUUGGAAAGUGUGACUGCAUAGACGGAUACCAAGGGGCAGACUGUUCCAAAAGUGUCUGUCCAGUUUUGUGCUCAGCUCAUGGUCACUACGGUGGCGGUGUAUGUCACUGUGAGGAGGGCUGGAAGGGUCCUGAGUGUGAUGUACCAGCGGGUGAGUGUCAAGUGCCCGGAUGUUCUGGCCAUGGACGCUGCAUCGAGGGUGAUUGUCACUGCGAACGUGGAUGGAGAGGACAAUUCUGUGAGCAACCUGACUGCCUUGAUCCCUCAUGCUCGGGCCAUGGUACCUGUGUGAAUGGUCAAUGCUACUGCAAAGCUGGCUGGCAGGGUGACGACUGUGCUAUGGUUGACCAGCAAGUUUACCAAUGUCUACCCGGCUGUUCUGAACAUGGCACGUAUGAUUUAGAAACGGGAACGUGUGUCUGCGACAGGCACUGGACCGGACCAGAUUGCUCUCAAGCUGUAUGCAGUUUAGAUUGUGGACCGAAUGGGGUGUGCGAAUCUGGAAAGUGUCGCUGCAAUGCCGGAUGGACUGGAAAUCUGUGUGAUCAAUUGCCAUGCGAUGCACGUUGUGCAGAGCACGGUCAGUGCAAGAAUGGCACUUGUGUAUGCUCCCAAGGAUGGAAUGGACGUCACUGUACAUUGCCUGGAUGUGAAAAUGGAUGUUCCCGACAUGGUCAGUGCACACUGGAGGAUGGUGAAUAUCGUUGUGUCUGCAUAGAAGGAUGGGCUGGCACAGAUUGCUCAAUCCCACUGGAAAUGAAUUGCAAGGAUAACAUCGACAAUGAUCACGACGGCAUGACAGAUUGUUCGGAUAGUGAAUGCUGUUCACAUCCAAUUUGUGCUGAGCACAUUAUGUGUUUGGCAUCCAAUGAUCCUGUGGAAGUUCUACUACGGAAACAGCCACCAUCUGUUACCGCAUCCUUCUACCAGAGAGUCAAGUUCCUCAUUGAGGAGAAUUCUGUUCAAUCGUACGCCCACAUGGAUGAGUACAGCGAGAGCGAGUUCUGGAACUCCUUUACACCGUGUCGAGUGUCUGUGAUGCGAGGACAAGUUGUCACACCCCAGGGACUCGGAAUUGUGGGGAUUCGUGUCUCUGUGGACAGAGACUCGAGAUUUGGAUUCACACUCACAAGACAAGGAGGAUGGUUUGAUGUCCUGGUAAAUGGUGGCGGAGCUGUUACCUUGCAAUUCCAGAGAUCACCCUUCCGUCCACUGACGCGAACAGUUUUCGUGCCCUGGAAUCAGAUUGUUGUUUUGCCACCUGUUCAGAUGCAGCUCAGUGAAGAUGAGGAACACUUGCGUCCACUCAUAAAAGCUACACCACCGAAUCUGGCAUUCAGUUUCCUCAACACCAUCUUGUACCACUUCACGGACGAAAUUGUCCCACCGGGAGUUGUCUGUCUCGAGCACGACCAUGAGCUUCUGAAACCACAAUUGUUCGGAACAUGGAUGCCAAAUGGUGUGGGCGCCAUGGCUGGUCAUCGUAACAUUUUCGCCGAGACACAGAUUGUACAGGAAUCUGUGCAAAUCCCUGGCUCAGGGCUACACUUGACGUACCAAUCAUCUCAAGCGCCUGGCUACCUGAGUAUCGUGCGGAUGCGAUUAACGAAAGCCACAAUUCCCCCAACGUUAACACAUGUGCACGUUGGCGUGGAAAUUGAGGGUUCACUCCACGUGAAGACAUACGAGGCUGACCCCAAUCUAACUCACACCUUUGCCUGGAACAAGCGUAAUGUGUACAAGCAGAAGGUAUAUGGUGUCUCCUUGGCGCGAAUCAGCGUGGGGUAUCAACAUUCCACGUGUAAGGAACCCGUGUGGGAGACCCAAACCGCUAAACUGCAAGGUUUCGAUGUAGAUAUCUCUGAUAUUGGGGGUUGGGGUUUGGACAUUCACCAUCACUACAACUUCCACGAGGGUAUUCUGCAGAAGGGUGAUGGAUCCACACUGCACAUGAAGGAAUACCCGAGAACUGUUAAAGUAGUGAUGGGAACAGGACUUCAGAGACCCCUAAGCUGUGGCAAGGACUUCUGCAAUGGCAUGGCUAAGGAUGCCAGACUUCUUACCCCAGUUGCUCUGACUUCUGGACCUGAUGGUAGUCUCUUUGUUGGAGACUUCAAUCUAGUUCGACGCAUUACGCCUGAAGGAAAGGUCUUUACGGUCCUACAGUUGAGUGCUACGCAAGUCUCGUACCAAUAUUACCUGACCGUUUCUCCAGCUGAUGGGCAUCUCUACAUUUCUGACCCCGAACGCCAUCAGAUCCUAAAAGUCCUCUCCGUAGACGAUGUCACUAAUCCAAUUAGCAACAGUGAUACUGUUGUUGGCAGUGGACAACGUUGUAUUCCAGGUGACGAAGGUAAUUGCGGUGAUGGAGGUCCAGCCAAGCUGGCUCGUCUCUCCCAUCCGAAGGGUAUUGCCAUAGCAGCCGACAGGACUAUGUACAUUGCUGAUGGAACGAAUAUCCGUGCGGUUGAUCCGAAGGGUAUUAUCCACACCCUGAUUGGUCACCAUGGUCAUCACAAUCACUGGAGUCCAGCACCGUGUCAGGGUGCUCUUCUGGCCAGCCAGACGCAACUUCAGUGGCCAACAGGAUUGGCCCUCAGUCCCCUCGAUGGUUCACUCCAUUUCAUUGAUGAUCGUCUAGUGCUGAAAUUAACGGCUGACAUGAAGAUCAAAGUUGUGGCUGGAACACCUCUGCAUUGCAAUUCAAAUGCAGGAGAGAAAAAUAAAACCACAACUGAUGAUGUUCUUGGUACUGUUCUGGCCAUUGCCUUCUCCCCAUCGGGUGACCUCUAUGUGGCGGACUCUGACUCUAGGCGGGUCAAUUCCAUUCGCACUGUUGACACUUCCGGGAAAAUGAGGUCAUUUGCUGGGAAAACUGAUACUACAACAUUCCCAAGCUGCGAGUGUAGCAAUACCACCACAGCAGCAACACUGGCGGCGACAACGAUGAAUCCAGCACGGAGCGGAAGUACAGGAAAUCCUGGUGCACCUUCACCACCCGCCACAACCUCUGGCGGCUGCUCCUGCACCAUCCCCUUCAAUACCACCGGAAUCACAGGCACCACCGCUGCCAGUGGCUUUGCAGAUGACUCGGGGACGAGCAAUGCGGAGACAUUGCUAUCCUCCAAUGCGAAAUUCCAAGCUAUUUCUGCCAUUGCCGUAUCCCAGGAUGGUGUUAUCAAUGUUGCCGAUCAGGGAUCUUUGCACAUUUUGGCACUGCAGCACUAUCUACCCAGUCACGAUAUCAACGGUGAAUUCCACAUUCCGUAUCCACCCACCAGUGAGGUGUAUGUGUUCAAUCGAUAUGGACAACAUGUGGCCACUAAGGAUUUAGCAUCGGCCAAGACACGCUACUCCUUCCUCUAUUCGAAAAAUACCAGCUUUGGAAAACUUUCCACAGUAACAGAUAGUUCAGGGAAUAAGAUCCAAUUCCUCCGGGACUAUAGUAACCUGGUGAGUUCGAUUGAGAACACCCAAGACCACAAAUCCGAACUAAAGAUCAACAAUGUUGGGCUUCUGGCGAAGCUGACGGAAAAGGGCAAAUCGGAGAUUGAGUUAGACUAUGAUACCACCUCGGGCCUAUUGAAUAGUCGGUCAGGUGGGGGUGAAACGUACAUCUAUUCAUAUGAUGAAUUUGGUCGGGUGAUUGGAUUGAUUUUGCCAACGGGAGAAACUGUGGCAAUUGGAUCAAGUUUAGCGGCUGAUGUUGGUUUGGCAGUACAAGUCAGAGCACCAGUUCAAAGUCUCUUUGCUGAAAAUCAACAUGAUCGCAGCGAUAUGCUAAUUGUGGGUGGCAUUAAGUCACUCACAAUGAGCAAUGGGGUGGAAAAGACCAUUGCCUAUAUAAAUACAAACAAUACCCUUUCCAUUGCAACACCAAACAAUAUGGUGAUUGAGUCGGCCGCCAUAGCAAGACAUCCCCUCUUGGAGGCAUCUCUGCCCGUUGAGGCGGAAAUGCUGCCCAUGUGGUCACAGCAGACGGUAACAAUGGGUGAUGAGCUAAUUAACACCAUGUAUUCAACGUAUAGUCUCGUUGGGGAUGUUCGCAAUCCGCAGCAGACACUCAAUCAUGAGCUCUUUGUCAACAAUUCACGUGCUUUUGGGGUGGAAUUUGACCAAUUCACCAGCAGGGAGACAUUCUUCGACCGCGACAGACAGCCCAUCCUUACAAUCGCCUUUGACCCAUCGGGUCAGCCACAGUCAUACCAUCCCGCUGCUGUUGGUUACCCCCUUAACAUUUCCUAUGACCGCUUCAAUCGAAUUGAUGGGUGGACAUGGGGACCGUCUGAGCUGAAAUAUACCUAUGAGCAGCAUGGACUACUCUCAGAAAUUACAAGUCAACAGGAUGGUACCGUGAGCUUCAUCUACAAUGACCUCAAUCUAGUGUCGGAAAUUGGACUGGCGAGUCAGAGGAAGAUUCUACUGGCGUACGAUGAGGAUGGUGGACUGAGACAUGUUACCCUGCCCAGUGGUACCAAACACUCCUUCAGCCUGCAGCCAUCAAUUGGUUUCAUUCGAUUCACCUACACACCACCAGGCACCAUCAAGCCCUACCUCCAGCACUACUCCCACAGCGGUGCUCUGCUACAGACAGUCUUUCCAGGCGAUGGUGCCCGAAUAGUCUACCGAUACACACCCACCGGUCAACUGUCCGAAGUAGUUCACGGCGACGGUCGCAGUGAAUUUAUCUACAAUGCUCUGACUGGAAUGCCUAGUACUGUGGGGCACAUUGAGCGCGAACUAGAAUACAGAUGGGACUUUGAGUACACCGGAGCUCUGCUAACUGAAGAACGUAUUGACUUCUCUGCCAAAACAGGACUGAGCAAUGCCAAGUUCUCCUAUGACUAUGACUCCAAUUUCCGUCUGACAUCUAUCCAAGGCCGUAUUGGAGGUCAGAACUUACCCGUCCAAACAUUCACUUACAGCAGCAAAACGGGAUCACCCGAAGAAAUUGGUCCAUUCAAAGUGACCCAUCCUCGUCCCAAUCAAACUUCUGUAUUCGAUGGCACUGCCAUUUUCUCACGUACCGUCAAUGGACAAUUCUUAGAGACGCAGAUGUCCGUGACUAUCCACCGAAUGGAAGUAUUCCGCAUGGAGUUUGCACAUGAUAUGCAUGGAAGAAUCUCCCAGACGAAAACGUACACGAGGAAUGUUGGUGUGAAUACGUACACCAAUGUGAAGAACUUUACGUGGGAUUGUGAUGGUCAACUGAUUGGAGUUGAAGCACAGGAACCAUGGGGAUUCCGGUAUGAUGACAAUGGAAAUAUGCUUUCCUUGACAUACCGCGGCAAUACCAUUCCGAUGGAGUAUAGCGGAAUGGAUCGUAUCAUGAAGUUCGGUGAGGGUCAGUACAAAUACGACAGCCGUGGUCUUGUUGCGCAAAAUGCUCGGGAAGAACGGUUCCACUACAAUACGCAAGGACUCCUUGUAAGGGCCACCAAGCGAGGACGCUUCGACGUCAAAUAUUACUACGACCACCUCAAUCGAUUGUCAACCAGAAAGGAUAACUUUGGAAAUGUUACUCAAUUCUUCUACAACAAUCAAGACCGACUGCAAGAAGUUAGUCAGAUCUACUCGCCACGUGAUGGAAAACUAAUGUCUCUGACCUACGACGAUCGUGGACACUUGAUCUACGCACAGGUGUACAGACACAAAUACUACGUUGCAACUGAUCAGUGUGGUACACCUGUGAUGAUCUUCAAUCAAUAUGGCGAAGGCAUUAGGGAAAUCAUGAGAUCGCCCUAUGGACAUAUUGUGUAUGACUCCAAUCCCUACUUGUACCUGCCCAUCGACUUCUGCGGUGGAAUACUGGAUCAGGUUACUUCAUUGGUACACAUGCCAAAUGGAAAGGUUUAUGAUCCUUUGAUCGGGCAGUGGAUGACUCCUGAUUGGGAGAAUGUAGCAGAACGUGUACCUACGCCAACGAAACUACAUCUCUACCGCUUCAAUGGAAACGAUCCUAUCAACAUUGGUCAUGAUCGCAACUAUCCAGUUGAUCAUAGUGCUUGGCUCCAUCUAAUGGGCUACAAAGUGAACAAUAUGAUGCCUCAACUCAAUCAGAAGCUGUGGCGUCCACCAAGUGCAUGGGGACGAAGUAAUAACUUCGGACCUAUUCCCAAGGUGACCCAAGUUGAUUUUACUGGAUCUCCGAGCGUAGAAGUUGAAAGUGGCUUCUUGGCUCAUCUUGCUCUCAGGAGAGCAUCCAACGUUGAAAAGCUUUCGUCUCCUCCAGGAUCGAAGUUGAAGUUGGACGUUAUGAGGGUUGCACCUAGUAAGAUAGGAGCAGCGUCUGAUCCGCCAUUUGGACGGGGCAUAGUUGUAUCGCGAUCAUCACUUGGCCAGGCUAUUGUGUCGAGUGUUCCGGCAGCCAAUGCCAUCUACAGGGAUGUCUAUACAUCUGUGUUCAAUCGAUCCCACCUCCUGCCGAUUACGUUUGUGGUGCACAACAGUCAGCAGGAUUCGUUCUUCUUCGUAAAGGAAGAUGCAUGGCGUGCCAGUGAGGAUCGACAGCAACUGAAGCGUCUUCAGGGUCAGGUUAAUACCACAUUCCAUGAGAUUGCAAGGGAAAAUGGCAGUGGCAACAACUACCUGGACGUUAAAAUACACGGGGCACAUACUGUGAUCAAUCUGAGGUAUGGGACAACAGUGGAGAAGGAGACCCAGAGACUGAUGCACCAUGCCAAGCUGACGGCAGUUCGGAAAGCUUGGCAUAGGGAGAAGGAUGCUCUUCGGAAUGGUAUUACCACAACAGUGGAAUGGAGUCAAACGGAGAGUGAUGAGAUCCUCAAGCAGGGCUAUGCCAAUCUGUAUGAGGGUGAAUACAUUCACGAUGUAGGCAAGUACCCUGAAUUGGCGGAGGAUCCCUACAAUAUACGCUUCGUGAAGAAGAAAACUAACCAAAUACGACGACGACGUCGAAGACAUGCAUCUACGGAAAACUGCCCCGAUGGACGAUCAUGUUAGCCUAAAUACUACCCACUCUAACUUCGGCGGCACUACAGGAAAAUCCUUCAUUUUGGGGAUUGACACAAAUAUUAAAGCCCAAGUAUAAAAUGAGAUAAAUUGUAAAAUAAAAGAUAUUACCCAUUGUAUUAGAUGGAAUGGUUAAAGAGGAUUUUGAGAGUAGUUUGAUAAAUGUGUCAGGGAGAAAUUUAAAAAAAAAACACAUUGAAAUUUUACUAAAAAAAAAAUGGUGAUUCGAGCUUUUGAGACUGGCGUCAUUUCAUCCAGAACCAAUUAAUUGUAACUUACGCAACAACAAAUGAUACUUUUAAACGUAUAGGUUUUUAGGAUACAAAACUUACUAACAUGAAAUAAUAUGAUUAUGGAUAAAUUUCGGAAUAUUCAUUGUCAAGGUCAAACUACAAUGUUAGAGGUCAUAGAAUUGAAACUAGGUCUGCAGUUUUGGGUCUCAUGUAUAAAGGAAAAUGUAGGUGAAUAAAUGAUGAAUAUCACUAAAAAUACGCCAAAAAAAAGAGAUUUAAAAUUGUACAUUUUGCAAAGUGAACUCAGACAAAAUGCUCUCUAAGUGUUAAUUUAAAUGACAGAUAAGUGACAUUUCUUUCCCAGUUAUUUGACAUGUCAAUUUUUUUUUUUGAAAAAAAAAACAUGUCUCAAUAUCAAAUACGCAACGCAGCACUAAAGUUAGGAAAUUUAUGUGAAAAUGAGGAGAUGUUGCCAAAUACACCCCUUUAAAGGUAAAUUUUAACUUAUUGAAAUGAUCUACUAUUGAAAUAAUGUUAGAAAAUAAAGAAAAUUUUCAAAUAUUGCUGAAAAUUACGUCAAGUCUCUUUGUAAUUGAGGAAAAAACAAAUCUAAAAAAACAAUGUUUCAAUAGAUAAGUUACUGUAAUAUAGAAAUCCACUGUAAAUAUUUAUUCUUCAGCACGAUAUUCUUAGUGACUAAUGAAAGGAAAGAGUAUCAGAAGUUUCUCAAAACUAAGAAAAAAAACAACCAUUUGAAUCCAUGCAAAAAUUGGACAUGAAAUUUUGAGAAAACGUGAAUGUAAAUUGUAAAUGUCCUACUGAUAGUUUUUAGCUUAUAGGUUAGGUGUAUUGAGGCUAAAUUUUCAUUUGUUUCAACAUUUGAUAAUUUGUUGCCCCAUAUUAUUCUGUACAUACUCUGUGAUUUAUUUUCUGUACAACUUCGCAUGGACAACUAAAACAAAAGAACAUUGCAAUUUUUCGUUAAAUUUAGCGAAUGUUUUCGUCCAUUUUUUGACAAUUUCCCAUAAAAUUAUGGUUUUGUUCAUCUUUGCUAUAAAAAAAAUUAUACCCUCACUUAGGAAUCACUUGAAAAAUGAAUUUAGUGAACAUAAUAAAUUAAUGGUGCCAUAAAUGUGUUACAAUUGUAGUGAACAAUAUUCCGCCGCAUUUUUUCUGCAAAACAAAAAUGGGACAGAAGGGAUAAGAUUCAGCGAUUUUUUUUUCUCCAAUUUUUUUUUCGAGACAGUGUAGUUUUUUUCCGAAGAAAACAAAUCCGCCAAAAUGGCUAAAUUCAUUUUUGCAUUUGUACACUAAAGCUUCAGCUUAAUUUUUCGAAAGUGUAACAAUGUGGAUUGCAAUUUCGUGUGCCAUAAAAUAUGGCGCAUGUAACGGGCGCAACGGGCGUCAUUUAAACAAAUGUCCCGGGAAUUUGCUCUAACCUUCACCAUCUUCGCAAGUAGUUGCAAUUGUAAUUAAAUGAAUAGUUUCGAAGAGAAAAAAAAAAACAAUGCAAAAAUGUAGAAAUGAUAGAAAUUAACAUUAAUAUCAGACUACAAUUAAAUAUAAAAGAAUACAAAAAAAAAUUGAGAAGCUGAAUCAUUUUGUGUACAACAACGUUGAAAAAAAAACUUGGCCCGGAUUUGGGGUGGAAAGCGUUGUACGUUUAUAGAGCAAAAGUGAAAUAUUCAAUAAGAAAAAGAAAAUUCCAUGUAAAAAGUCACAUUAUGGGUGAGAAAAAAUAUUAAUUUUUGAGAAGCCCAUAAGGGAAAUAAACACGAUGUCACGGUGAGAAAAUUACUGAUAUAGUAUUAAAGGAAAAAGAAAAACAGAAUAUUAAAAAAAAUUCAAUAACAUAUUGAAGGUAUUAAAGAAAAUCAAUAUAUAGAGUCGUACACUGUAUAUUUAUUUUUAUAAAAUAGUGAAGAUAUUGAAAUCGAGGUGGAAAAAAAAUGGAAAACUACCAACCGAAGAAGAUAAAUGAACAUCAAAAUUUAACAGAAUAUGGAGAUGAUUUAAAAAUGCAGAUUAAAAAAAAGUUGUUGCUAAAAAAAAAAUAAAAAGAAAUUAAAAUGAGGGAGUAAAAAGAAACAUAUAUGUAUUUGUAUUAUACUUAAAUCAAUACAAUGGAUAUUUUAUCAAAGAAUGGGAAUUUAUCAGUGUAAACAAAAAAAAAUAAUUGUAAUAGUCCAAAGUUGAUGAGAAAUAUGAAGAAAAAAAAACAUGAUGAUAAUGGUUUAAAUGAAUAACUUUGAUAUCAAAUCGCUUCAUAGAGUUUUUUUAUAUACACAUUAAUUAAAGAAAAAAAAAACAGAAAA